AUGAGAGGUCGCGCGCCCCUUCCGGUGCCCUCGGGGCUCCAGAAUGGCCACUCCCGCAACCCGUCCAGCCUGGACAUGGCUCGCAGCCCGCCAAACCCGAGCAACAAGAGUGAGUUUCCCCUCAUGACCGUCGGGGGUUCCCGCCGUCGUCGUAACACCUUGGCUCAUGUUUCCGCUUGUCGACGUCCAGAUACCAAACAUGUCCCCUGCAAAUUCUUCCGUCAGGGUGCCUGCCAGGCCGGCCCCGCUUGUCCGUUUCUGCACUCUACUGACACCGCCGUCGACUUCGCUCCCUGCAAAUACUUCUCCAAGGGAAACUGCAAGUUCGGCGCCAAAUGCGCUCUCGCUCACAUCCUCCCGGACGGACGACGAGUAAACCGACCCAAUGGCAGUAGCAUAGGUAUGGGCAGUGGUAGCCAUUUGAAUCUGGGUGGCCGGGUCAAUCCGCAAGCAUAUGUCAACCAAGAUUCCGCCUUGACCAACUCGGUGCUUUCGCAGCAGCGAAACAGCGGCCAAGAGCCACGAUAUGCCUCCCAGCUUCCCCAACAGGAGGAAUACACCACCAUGCCUGGCCAGCAGCAGCAGCCUGUUUAUGACUCUAUCCCCACUAUUGAUGCAGGAUUGGCCUCCGAUGCUGGCUCAAACUAUGGAUCCCCCAUCGACGAUGUGCGAUUCCCCAUGUCGCCUAGCGGCCGCCAUCUCACAGCCCUCGAUGCUCCACUCCCGGCUUCGUUCGAUAGCCAAGGUAUCUCUCAUGUCGCCAGAUACGGGCCUGUGGCUGCAUCCAUGCCUUCGAAAUUUGGUCUGGAAUCCCCGCCGGCGCAGAGACCGGGUCCUCCCGACGCAUUCCGAAACCUACGCGACGUCGGUUACACCUCGGGUUUGAGUUCUGGAUUGCGGAAACCGUCUUCUAAUAUCGGAUCGUCUCCCCCGGCACCGGAAGAUUCUGUUGGUCCCCGGUUUUUACAUUCCUCUCGCCCCGUCAAGCCGCGUAUGCUAUCGAGCAGCGCCAGUGUUCCUCGGCCCAGCGCUCUCGAUGACUGGGAUGAGAAUUUCCCGAUGGAGGAAGACUACCUGCCAAUGAACCUGCAUGAUGAUGUUUUGACCCCUCAAGAAAAGUUGCGUCGGCUCUCUCGGACAGACCAUGAUAUCAGUUCUAGCCACCGUGAUAUUAGUGGACUAGGCAUGACGAGCUCCAGUUUCUCGAAAACCGGUUCCCCUCUGGCUUCUAGUCCUUCUCGAUUCGGUGCCUUGUUCGCUAAGCAACGACAGAAAAAGGAAGACGAAUCUGUUGGAUCUUCUUUCCCUCAUAUUGGCUCUCCGCUUCGUGAAUCGUCCCUGAAUCCAGCCGCUAGCCCGAGCCUGGGCCCUAUUGGCAGCCGCACCUCACACGAUGGUUCCUCAUUUGUCUCCAGCCCUGGUAGACAAUCGUCCAUGUCCAUGAUCUCUGAACAGCUCAGCGGAAUGUCUCUGCACCCAGGUUCUGCUCGCCACUCCUCGGCAGGCCCAGGCCGUCUCGAAAGAAACAUAUCUUCUCAAAUGACGCCCAGCAAGAUCGAAGAGGAGGAACAGAGUGAUUUAGUCUUCUCCAUGGAAGAGGAAGAAGGAAACAAGCGCAACAGCUCCUCCUGGGACUCCGAUACCAAGGAGAGCUCCACCGAUGCAUAA